GGCGCCAGAGUUUAGCGCGGUCGGUCGGUUUGGCAUAUAAUAUAUAUUUAUACAUAUAUAGAUAUAUAUCAAUAAAUAUAAAUUAUAAUAACGUAUAUCGACAUUAGGAUUGUAUCAUCCGUUUUGAAUAAAAGGAAUACGAAAAAAAAAAACAGCGAACGAUGGCACUGUUUCGUUUAAGCGCAGCGCGUUGUCUGGAAGUUCAGAAACUGACGACAUCGAUAGUCCUCCGGCCACUGUCGGAUGCAUCGACCGAUCUCAAAAAGGUACUUUCCGAAAAGAUACCGAAAGAGCAAGAACGUGUCAAGGCCUUUCGUAAGUCGCAUGGAGCCACCAAGGUCGGCGAGGUUACCGUAGACAUGAUGUACGGUGGAAUGAGAGGCAUCAAGGGUUUGGUUUGGGAGCCAUCGGUGCUCGAUCCCGAGGAGGGUAUCAGGUUCCGUGGUAAAUCAAUACCGGAGUGUCAAAAGUUAUUGCCGAAGGCACCAGGUGGUUCGGAGCCAUUGCCAGAGGGUCUAUUCUGGUUGUUGAUAACCGGUGACGUACCGAGCGAGGCGCAAGUGAAAGCGAUAUCGCAGGAAUGGGCGGCGAGGAGUGCGCUACCGAGUCACGUGACGAAAGCACUCAAUGAUUUUCCAAAGACGCUUCACCCCAUGACUCAAUUUUCUGCGGCGAUAACGCUCUUGAACAGUGAGAGCGAAUUCGUCAAGGCUUACACCGCCGGUGUUCACAAAACGAAAUACUGGGAAACGGUCUACGAGGAUUCGAUGAAUUUAAUUGCCAAAUUGCCGGCUGUCGCAUCGACGAUAUAUCGCAACGUUUACAAAAAUGGCAAAGGCCUCGGCUCCGUUGACUCGAGCAAAGAUUGGUCCUGGAAUUUCGCCAAUCAACUCGGCUAUGACAAUGCCGAAUUCAUUGAGCUCCUCAGGCUCUAUCUGACCAUCCAUUCCGAUCACGAAGGUGGCAACGUUUCCGCUCAUACUACUCACCUCGUUGGCUCCGCCCUUUCCGAUCCCUACCUAUCCUUGGCUGCUGGUAUGAACGGUCUUGCCGGACCCCUUCACGGUCUCGCCAAUCAAGAGGUACUCGUCUGGCUCCAAAAACUUCGUUCUCAAGUCGGUGACAGCCCGAGCGACGAGAAACUCAAAGAAUUCAUCUGGAACACCCUCAAGAGUGGCCAAGUUGUGCCAGGAUACGGUCACGCUGUCCUCAGAAAAACUGAUCCUCGAUACGCUUGCCAACGUGAAUUUGCUCUCAAACACUUGCCCAACGAUCCUCUGUUCAAGCUCGUAUCGCAAGUGUACAAAAUAGUGCCUCCUGUACUUCUCGAGACCGGCAAGGUGAAGAACCCGUGGCCCAAUGUGGAUGCUCAUUCGGGUGUUCUUCUUCAGUACUACGGUAUGAAGGAGAUGAAUUACUAUACCGUCUUGUUCGGAGUAUCCCGAGCCCUGGGUGUGCUCGCUUCUCUCGUCUGGGAUCGAGCACUUGGCUUGCCGAUCGAGAGGCCAAAAUCCCUCAGUACUGAUCUUCUCAUGAAGUCUGUCAAAGCCGCCUAAAUGCAUUAAAACUUCUCAUCCCACCAUGAAUUCAUGCGAAACAGAAAAUCGAGGAUAAUUAGAAAGCAAAGAGACCGAAACAAUAUAACAUGCGAAUAAAAAUCAUGGAAGCGCGUAACAAGAAAAAAUAAAAAAAAAAAAAAAACAACAUACAAACACAGCGGAACAAUCGACGGUUAAAAUCAUCUCGUAUUGCUCAGUUUUAUAUAUAAGAUCAUCGAAAUCGAUAAGCAAUUAUGUAACACUCGAAAACUACUCCGAACAUCUUCGUGUUAUUUUCCCUUUUUUAUACUGACAUUUGUUGUAUUAUGUGAUCCGCGACGAUGAGCAACAGAGCAAAACGGGUAUACAGAGAGGGAGAUAGAAAAAUGAGAAAACGAAGAGGAAAGAAUAAUUUGUUAUAUAACAGAAUGAAUUAGCCCGUGCCAAGUAUGUUUGCAGGGAUUCAAGAGCGAGGAAAAAUAUUAUUUCGAAGUGUAUCGAGAGUAAGAAAAAUAAUGAAAGCGUCGAUAAAACAGAUUUCAGUUGUUUAUCGCAAAUGAAUAGUGUGUACGAGGACAAGUUACGAGCUCUGCCCUCGGUCACUAACGUUGCGUAUAAUCGGAAACUGAUCAGCGUAUAUUCGAAACUGUUUUGACAACGGAUCUCAGAAUUGAUCUUCGUUACGAUAUGUAUAUAUCACUGAAAAAACACGAGAGAAUAAAAUCGUGACAUGGCGCCAAUAUCCGUGGUGCUCAACGAUUCUGUAGAGAAACUUCUUAGACAUGUAAAGAAAAGAAAAAAGAAAUAGUGUUCAUCGGACGAGUCAGUCUUAUCGUGAGACCGAAAGAUCAUUCAAUUCUAACAGAAUGCGGUACUCGUCAAAAGAAGAAAAAAUAAUAAUAAUAUAUAGCCGAGUGUCCCGAGCGGACGUGAUAUAGCGAACAAUAAUUACGUUGUACGUUGUUGUAGGAAAAAUUCAAAUGAAAGGAAGAGCAGUAUGAAUGUGGUCAAAAGAUUGCCAGUGCACUAAUGCCAAAUAUUUUGGUGCUGAACCAGUUCAGUGCGACGAUGUUAGGAUCUUGUCAUUUAAAAAAAUUAUGUUACCAUCGUCACGAGAGACCAUUUGAAUUUCUUCUUUUUUUUUCAUUCGAGCUACCAAUUUUUCUAUGCUACUCACGAAGAACCGGUAGUUCACACGUUCUGCAGGACACACGAAAAUACUUAAUGAAUUGUUAUGAAAAAUGUGCUUAAAGUGCACUUAUCGUGUAGAUCUCCUCCCGCCCUUAUACAAGACGAAUAAAUUUCGGCGAUUCAACAUUACGUAAAGUCAUUAUGAUUUGUAUAAAUUAAAAGAUGAAAAGAUAAAUAAAAGCGAAUGACCGGUGGUAGAUCCAUCGUUAUAAGUAUGAAUGAGCGUGUGAUCUAAUUUAUAACGAAAGAAAAAAACGAUAAUAAAUAGAAGUCCCAAAAUCGUA